AUGGAGACGACUUAUUCUGAUGAAAAACAAAGUGCCGAAUAUAAUCCAAAAACGAGAUGGUUGCUUCCUAAUAGAUUGGACUUUAUGACAUUUAUCGGAAAAGAUGUUUUAGCAGUGGCACACGACAUAUACAUUACAUUUUUUAACUUAAAAACAAACAGUGAAAUUGUGUACGUCGCUAACAAUGAAAAUAACGGCGAUGGAGUAGAUGUUAUUGCAGGUCAUAGAUCGAACAUAUUUGUGUUUGCUGAAAAGACAGAGCAUCCGAGGAUCUUUGUCUUAAUUUAUCCAACAUUUCAAGAAUUGGCGCAACUGAAAGACACAGAAGUGAAUAGAUACAAGGGUUUAUGUAUGAUGGAGUGCGACUUGGUGGCUGGCUUCACCGGCUUUCCCAAUUAUCUCGUGACGGUGUGGAACUGGCGGACACAGCAGAGGUUGCUGGCCUUACCCACGGGUGUUGUGAAGAGAAAGCAAAUUUACAUGCCAAGCCAGACUCACAUGCUUCUGUGCCAAUGCUGGGGUGAGGGGUUGAUUGUGUGGGAAGUGGCUCAAUGCUACAAGCGAUGUCUUAUGAUGAAACGAGCAAAGGAAGAGGUAACUGGAUGGGAGAUAUCCGAUCCGGCACUUGUUGGAGUCUGUUGGACCAAUGACGGUCAUCUGUACGCCAUCGAUUCAUCGGCAAAUCUUUAUAGUGUUCAAUCCGAUGGCAUAGGGAUGGUCACAAACCUGGAAUGGUCAGAGGAUCUUCAGGGCGCCGACAAACCAAGCAUUUGCUCCUUCGUCAACGGCAUAUUAAUCUAUGGUCCCGAUCAGAAACUUCGAUUGCUUAAGAAAUCGGACAGCACAUGGAAAGUGGCAUGGAGUUUCGUGCCAUUCGACAGCGUGGUCAGGCUCAUAGCGAACGCGACGUGUGACUUAGCCGCCAUGUGGACGGCGCGCGGCUUUCUCUACAAGCUCGUUGGCGACGCCGAGGAGAAAAUCGACGUCGUGCUUUACACAUACCGACAGAGGAACAUUGCUAAAAUUCAAUUAAUAGCACCGAAUUUUAAGCAUUUGGCUACAAUGAAUAAAUCAGGAGAGCUCUGUAUUUAUGAAGCGCUGUCUGGAAAAUUGGUCUUUAGAAAACAAGUUGAGGGCAACGACAUUAGCUUCCAGUGCAGUCCCGUUGACCCCGUGCUCGUAAUAUUCGGUGAGGUUGGACAAAACUACGGUAUGGGAUUGUUCACUUACGAACCGGAACUUGGACUUCAGAAGGUUGGCAGUAUGUGCCUGACGCAUCAGAUCGUCUCGCAGGUUGUCUUCUCCCCCACGGGAAGGGAGUUCGUGGCCGUCGCGAAGUCUGCUGGACAUAUAUUUAUUUUCGAAUUAUCGGAAAAAUACAAACUGACUCUGGUGAGGUACGCGGAGUUAGGCCGAGGCCUUGCGGACAGCUUCCUAAUGAAGGUCGGCGAGGCGAUGCGCUCUUUCAACCUGGUCUUGUUCUCAGACAAAUAUUCUAUAGGGGAGCGAAUAGUGUGUAUCAGUGCUGAAAGUGGUAAAGACAACAAGUUCGCCGGCAAGAUGCAGGGGCCGUACAGCGAGGUGGUGCCGCUGGCGGUGCGCGACUGCGCGCUUGCAGUGCCACACCUCUCCACUCACCUACACGUGCUGCGUCUCUCCGGCGAGAAAGGCAUAACCGUGUCUGUGAAGAUGGGUCCGGUAUUUGAAUCCGGACACGACUUGAGGCAGUUCAGAGCCUUUUGUAACAGCAAUGCUCUGCUUACUUUUGGUUACGAUGGUGCCGUUAUUUUAAGAAAACCGGAUGCUCCUGAAGAGUACGAUCUAAAACUAAUAGUGUCACAUCGGUACGAAAGUGGCGUGGAGCAGGCCGUGAUAGAUUCUAACAACCAAUACAUUGUGCAUCUGGGCGGCAACGGUACGGCCGCGGUAACGGUACUUAACAAUAAGCACGAGGGACUCUUAACGGAAUUGUCCAUUGAUGUUCACACGGAUGCACCGGAUCCUAACCUCUUUGAUGACGGUGCUGCCAAUAUUAUUACAAUUUUUAAUGAGAGUGAAAAGAACUACUUGGACGUGGUAGAGGAUAGAAGAGUGCGCGAGGAGACGCUGGCGUUUGCGCGGCAGCGGGCCGAGGUGUGCCGCGCGCUCGAGGCCGUGCAGGAGCGCGCGCUGGCGCUGCUGGAGCGCAACCUGGCGGCGCCGCCGCUGCACCGCCUGCCGCUCUCCAGCUUCCAGCUGCACGUCGAGCGCACCAACGAGCGCCUCAAGCAGGCCGAAAAGGAACGCGAGGAAAUCCGUUUGAAGACGGAAGCUCGCAUUCGAGCUCAAGACAAAGUGACAACAUGGAUUAAGAGUCAAUGCUGGGACACCAUGGCAACGCCGCGUAUCAAGCUCUUCUCCAUCUUCAGCCACUACUAUGUAGAAAACUUUGCGGUACUGCCGAAUCAACGCGACGUAUGGCCAGAGCUGCAAUUGAUAGAGGCUCUUAGAACAUUGGAAAUGGAAAAUGACGCUGACGUAUUCAGACCUUGGGAGGAACAUACGCCCACGCCAGCAGUAGAAAUCAAUGAAAUGCACUACAGCGUGGUAGAGCGACAUAAAGAGUGUAUGAGUUGCAGACGUCCGGUGUCGGUGGUGUCGAUGCGCAAGAGCUCGGGGAGGCAGGCGGCGGCGGGCGGUGCCAGCACGGGGAGCGAGGGGGGCGCGGAGAGCGCGGGCGGCGCGCAGGAGGAGGGGGGCGGGGCGCAGGAGGAGGCGGGCGCGGGCGGCGGCUGCGACGCGGCGCUGGCGGGCACGCGCACGCGCCGCCUGCUAGACACGCCGCCCUGCGGACUGCUGCAGCCGCUCGCCCACAGCUUCCUGCACGUCAUCGUGCUCCAGCACCUUGCCCGGUUGAACACCCAGAACUUAAGGUUAUGGUUUAACAAGCAGUUUGACGAGUUGAUGAACCUAAAAAAGCGCGAGGUUGGCCUGGUUCAAGACAGGAACGCGCGAUUGCGAUUCAUAAUUGAGGAGUUAAACACACUGUCUAAUUUACGAGGCAGUUUCCAUCAUUUACACAUCGAGAUAAAGGAUCCCGAAUGGCGUCAGGAGGAGCAGCCGCAUAAGCUUAUCAAAGUCGAACCUGAAGAGUGCAGUAUCCCGCCGUACGUGAGCCCCAGCCAGAUGUCAGUGGCUGCGCCGCCGGCGGGCGGGCCGGACGAGUUCCGCGAGCGCGCGCUGAUGCACAUGAUGGAUGGCGUGCUUGAGAAGCUCUGGCACGAGGAGAUCAAGAAGCCCGUGCCCGUGCCACAAUGCAUGUUAGAGAAGGAUCCAGAGCAUUUCAACGAGGACGAUCUACGCCUAGUGUUCGAUUACGAAGCGAAAGUCGCGUUCCGUAACGAGGAGCGCGAGAAGUACCGCAAGAUGUUGCACGCGGAGUAUGCCAAGCUCUCGCAGUUCCUCAACGAAGGCAUCGUCAAGUUCAAUCUGAAGGUGAAAGAUACGUGGCUGCUGAAGUUGAAGGUUGAUUCCAUAAUCGGUCAAGAAAAUCUGAUUCUUAUGCGACUUCGACGGACAAAUUUAGAUCGCAUCGAGAUGGCCGAACAGAUGGAAGAAAUAAGAAAUAACAUAUCAAAAUACGAAGCAGAAGUAGAGCAGUUGCAGAAGGAGAUCCAACAGAUACAAGAACAGAGCGAGGAGUGCCAGGCGUCAUAUGAUGCACUGGCGCAGAAAGACAGACACAUGGACAAGACCUUCAAGAAUCACUUUGCUGAUCUGUCACCGAUUAUAGUUGAUCAGUGUUACAAAUUUUUCAAGAAGCGUCCGAAGUGGCAGCAGCGCGCGAGCAUGACGCCGGGCGUGCUGCUGCAGCUGGCGGGUGCGGCAGCGGGGGGACCCCGGCCGCCGCUGUUGCAUCCCGACUGCCUGGACUAUCUGCGCGGCCUUGAGCAGCUGGACUUGAUCAGCAACAUGCCGCCCGUGAUGGACGAGGCUCUUUGGGCCACAAUGUGCAAGUUGCGACGUACAAAAAUCGAAAACGAAAUUAGGAUGCGCGCGAUGGUGCAAGAGAUGGCAUACGUGGAGAGUGGGUCGAGCGUCUGGCAUAAGGCGGUGGGGGCGCGGCGUACUCUGCUGGCGCGACAACUGGACGACGCGCAGGAGCACCGCCAACGCACAGAACUGCUCGCCAGGAACAAGACCAUACAGCUGGUAUUGCCCGCUGGGCAAGUGGAGAUUGUGACGACGGGCCACGUGGAAGACUUCGAGGACGCCGCGCUCAUACCGCGCGAGGACAUCGAGCGAAUUAAUGAACUCAUUCUAAAAGUGGGUGAAAUGAAGCUCAACAUGAUGCGUAAGCAGAUGGAGUACCGCAAGGGCAUUCUGUCCAAGGAGUGGGAGCACGCGCAGAUGAAGAUGAAGCUGCGCCACAUGGAACAGGAGCUAUACUCCUAUCAACGCCUCAAGAUCCCCAAAGAACUUCAACUGCAUCUGAAGAAUAAGGAACUAGGUUAUACAGAGGAGCAGGAAUUCAUGAGGAUGGAGAAGGAGAUGGAGGCGACGAAAGUCUCCGUGAACAAGAUGCUUGGCGACCAGGUGCGCAGAGUCGAAGAGCUUGAGUUGAAGUGCGCGACGCUAACGGCGGAAGCGGACAAGCUAGAGAAGUUAAUAGGCAACCUCAAUGUGAAGGUGUCGGAGAAGCGGCUUAACGAAGACCCCUUGCAACCGAUACGUAUACGAAAGAUUUUUAAAAUGAGAAUGGAGACUCUGGUGGCGAGGAGUCAGCUGAUCCGUGAGGUCCAAGCCAAUCACACCAGGAUCGUAUUGCUGCAGACUGAACUGGAACUGCUGCGCCUCAAGACCUACCCCACACUCGCUACCUUCCGUACCAUACCCUAA